GUACCAUAAUAUUAAUAGGCAUUGGCUGCAAAAAUGAUAACUCUCGAUAUGAGCUGUCAAUCGCGCUUGGGGUGAGCGCGCGCGCGCUUUUCCUCUCUGCCCCCUCCCCUUAGCAACAGAGGCAAGAUGGCGGCCCCCAGUAACGCUGAGCGUUCUCCUGAUCUAUCGGUGCCGCUGAAGAUUCCCAAAACCGAGGUUCCUUCCCCAGAAUCCGAGGAUCUGAGUGACAGCAACCAAUACCAUUCCAACCCCUCCACCCCUAAUAGAUUCUCUCCUCUGAACGUCGGGGUUUCGCUGUCCGGGGGCGCAGGCCGGAGUGGAUCGGCCUCUGCCUCCAACAGCUUCACCGCUUGCCGAGGCAUGUCGUGGACACCGUCCGAAACAAACGCGCUGAUCGCCGUGUGGGGCAACGAAAGGCUGGCGGAGGCGCGGAUGCAGCAGCUGGAGGUGGCCGGGACGGUGUUUUCUGGCAAGGCGCCGGGACCCGCGAUGUACGAGCGGGUGUCCAGAGCGCUGUCAGAGCUGGGUUACGAACGGACCCCAUCCCAGUGUCGAGAGAGGAUGAAGUCGGCAGAGGACAACCAGCUUUCAAAAACCAGAGUUCUUCAGAUACGACUGGAGCCAUCUGAGCACGCUCAACGCCAGGAAGUGAUGCAGAACGUGAUGCGUAUCCUGGAGUCAGUGGAAGUCAAAUGGGAGCACUUCCAGACAUGGACGGACUUCUCCCGCCUCCACCUGUCCAAUAAGCUGGCCAUCUUCGGAGUGGGCUACAACACGCGGUGGCGAGAGGAGAUCCGCUACCACUAUGCAGAAAUCAGCUCACAGGUUCCUCUGGGAAAACGACUGCGGGAAUACUUCAACCCUGAGAAGGCCGAGGGCAGGGUUAUCAUGACCAAGGUGCAGAAGAUGAACUGGAAAGAUGUGUAUUAUAAAUUCCUAGACAUCACUAUUAGCGAAGCUCGCUGUUUGGAGCUCCACAUGGAAGUGGACUGGAUCCCGAUCGCACAGACAAGGGCGGCAGGGUGCAGCAACGGCUCCCAGUACCUCCUACCAGGGGGCAUCCCAAAAACAUAUGGCCUGUAUGCAAUAGGCUAUGAGGAGACAAGUGGGUCCAAUUCUUCGUCUAGCACAGAGGACAAGUCCUCCCCCUCACAGGAAGAGGAGGAGACGGACCAUUGCGAGAGUGUGAAGAAGGACAAGAGGACAUCAGCCAAAGUCACUUACAGUUACCUCGGCAUUGCAGAGGAAAGGACGCUACAGCAGUGUCUGUUCCAGCACUUUCAGACUUCAGGCAAGCACUACAGCCGAGGGGAGCCUUCGGCCGUAACCAGGUUCCUGCAGGACAACUGCACCGGCCAGGCCAGGGAGGGCGUCUUCUCUGGAUUACACAUCUACAUUAAGUUUAUCGAGGUGGAGCUGGACUUUCUCUCCGCCGGGUCUUUACUGGAAUGUUUAGAGACUGCGAUCGGUUAUUCGUUAAGGUUUAACAAGAAGGAUGCACUGUAGCGGUUACAUUUGCCAAUGAAUCUCUUUCAAGCCAGGAUUUUGAAAUAUAGACUUGAACUCAAAGUAUUUAUGUGGUGUGACAGGCACAGUCUGUUCCGAAAGGGGCCGUGUAGUCUCCUUUGCAGUAAUUGUCUUUAUCAGGGAGCGUAAACGGGAGCAAACUGCCUUUAUUUAAAUCUCUCGAGAUCCAAAUGCAGGAACUGUCCGAAAAAAGAAAAAAAAGAAUCCUUAAUGAGAACUCUUAAUUAAUCUAAGUAUAAAGUCUAUCUAUAUAGAAGUGUAUAUAUAUAUAUAUAUAAUUUAAGAGUAUAUAUUGAUAUUGUAAAGCAUU